AUGGAAUUCGAAAAGGGAGUGUGUAGUAAAAGAGCUGCAAUACCUGAGAUUGAGGAUAGAUUGAAUGAUGAUGAGAUAAUUGCUUUGGUAAAUGGUGAAGAAGCUGUGGAGGAAUGCAGCAAUUCGCAAAUCGAACGUAAAAUAGAGGCUACAGAUGCCGUGAAAUCAAUUGAUAUGUUAAUAACUUUCCUAGGACAUUGGUCUUAG